AUGGACAAUGCCACCUUGUUGUUUGACACUCCCCUGGGUGGUGAGCCUUUGGGCUGCAUCUCCUUUGAGCUGUUUGCAGACAAAGUUCCAAAAACAGCAGAAAACAUUCAUGCUCUGACCACUGGGGAGAAAGGAUUUGGUUAUAAACAUUCCUGCUUUCACAGAGUUAUUUCAGGAUUUAUGUGCCAGGGUGUGACUUCACCACACCCUAAUGGCACUGGCAGUAAGUCCAUAUGUGGGGAAAAAUUUUAUGAGAAUUUGAUCCUGAAGCAAAUGAGUCCUGGCAUCUUGUCCAUGGCAAAUGCUGGACCCAAUACAAAUGGUUUCCAGUUUUUCAUCUGCACUGCCAAGACUGAGUGGUUGGAUGACAAGCAUGUGAUCUUGGCAAGGUGA